CGGGGCGGGUCUCCGGGGCGCGGAGUGCGGCGCGCGGACUGUACCCAGGGAGCAGUGCCGGGCUACGGGCUCGGACGGACGCUGAGCCGCCCAGUCCACCCCUAGCGUGGGGCUCGCAGGGCAGAGAGAGAGAGAGGGGCGCGGGGCUUGCUGCAGAGAGCCUGCUGACGCGCGGCCCGGUCGGCGUGGCCUAGGAGGCUCUCCACCUCUCCAGGAUGGCGUCCGGCCCCGUCGACAUAGACGACGUGCAGUUCGAGUCGGGCGACUCCGGGGCGUCGGCCACCUACCCGCUGCAGUGCUCGGCGCUCCGCAAGAACGGCUUUGUGAUGCUCAAGGGCCGUCCCUGCAAGGUGGUGGAGAUGUCCACGUCCAAGACGGGCAAGCACGGCCACGCCAAGGUGCACCUCGUGGGCAUCGACAUCUUCACGGGCCGCAAGUACGAGGACAUCUGCCCCUCGACGCACAACAUGGACGUGCCCAACGUCAAGCGUGAGGAGUACCAGCUCACCGACAUCUCGGACGACGGCUACCUCUCGCUCAUGUCGGACGGGGGCGAGCUGCGCGAGGACCUCAAGAUCCCCGAGGGCGAGCUGGGCGUGCAGCUCAAGACCGAGUUCGACGCAGGCAAGGAGCUGCUGUGCACCGUGAUGACGGCGGUCGGCGAGGAGUGCGUCAUCGGCAUCAAGCACAACACCAACAUCAAGCCAAUGUGAGCGCGAAGAGAUGGGCAGAGAUCCCUCAGCGGAAUUCUCAGCACAGAGCGUACGCCUUCACAGGAAUCGUACCUUUGUACCUUUCAAAAGUCUUGUUAUGUCUUUCACGUCCCAUUCAUCAGCAAUACUUGUUCGUUUUCAAUAAUUUUUUUGUUUGUUAAUGGAAUGUUACUCCAUUUGUGUCUGGACUGAAUUAAACCUUGACUGCUUUCCCUCCAAAGCCUAAAAUCAUACAUAUAUAUGUAUACGUAUAAGUAAUCAAAUCUCUUAUAGCGGCUGCAAAGAAUGUAUCAAAGAAGUUUUAAAUGAAGCUUGUUUCAUCAUUACGAGGGCACAAUUUCCUAAUUUAAUAAGAUUAUCAACAAGAUGACAGUGAGACUAAUGUAGUGAUUUGGCGGGGACUUUUUUUUAAAGUGGAAAAUUCAAAAAUAUUUUAGAUUUGUCUAUUGAAAGAGGUGAGUAAAUUCCUGGAGCUACGUCUAAUCAGUGCCAAAUUAACCAAGAAUAUCACAUGAAUCAUUUUCUCAGGAAAACUGAGUCUACUUUCUUAGAAUUAUGGAAAUACUAAAUACCUUACUGAAAUUUUGAUCAGAAUUGGACCAGAGUUGGAUGAGAGUUAUAAAAAACUGGAAAGAACCUUAUCACUAAAGAGAUGUAUAUUUCACAACCAUUGCCAAUUUUUGCUUCUAUUUGAGAAAGAAAAAAGGAUUUUAAAUACAGUACACAGUUUCCGUAAUCCAUAAUGAGAAUUAAUUUGAAUGAGUUAAAAUUUAAUAGAGGCGAAUGAAUAAUGUUCAGACAUUCAACUAUUAACCUAACCUUCACAAAUAAAUAAAUUAAAAAACGUUUUUUCACAGGGGCAAAUCCAAAUUAACUAUUAUUUAAUAAAGAAGAGUUCGACUAAAUGUCAACAAGGGAUUAGGCCCUCGAAUAGAUCCAUCUUGUUGGAGAUUGUUGUACCACCUCGACAAGUGCACAAACUGCUCUUUUUCUUGGAAUGUAAGGCUAACCUGCAAUAAAUAUAAAACCGUAAUUGUUAGCAAAUAAACGAGAUGAUAUGGCAUAUGA